GAGGGACGGACUGCUCGGACCCUGCUACUAACACCAUGAACGAAACAGCGUCCAGCGGUCAGGUGAUGACUUUUAAAGCCUCCAGAGCACAGAGAUUCAUCCAGCUCGUGCAAACGGCCGCUCACACCAGCUGCAAAUUCUUCUGCAUGCCUUUCUCUGAGAAGGCUGCAUGUUGUCCAGAUAAGACGCUUCAACCCGAGGAGAAAAAUACAAACGAGCCACUCCAACACUCGCCGUCAGCUGUUUUGAUUGUCAACAUCAGCAACUCCACCCUCAUUGACUGCGUCAUCGGGGACUCCUACCCGUGCGCUGUGGCUGACCGGCACCCUCUGAUGCGGGAGUCUCAGCUCCUAAAGUCUGCUCGGGUGAGGUGCAGCUGCUGCCACAAACGGCAGGAGGCCACUCCUCCUUCACCCCCCGUCUCACCAGGAGAGCAUCAGAACAUCAGCAUCCACAGCUCGAGCCUCAACUGCGUCAUCAUCGGAGACAACAACCACAUGCGCACGGAACUGAGCGAGCCGUUUGUCUGAAACAGGAGCUUUAC